AUGUCCAGUCUCAACCUCUCCUCACGGCCGAAGCAGCCAUACGUCUCGGUUUCGUGCCCAUACACGACAUGUCGCGCAUCCAUCGAGUACCUCCCACCCUCCAACGCCGAUCUCGCCGCUCUACCCUCGCACGAAACCUCCUUCACCGUCACAUGCUGCAGCUGCAACAAGCAGUUUGAGCCUCCCAACGCCACAAAGAUGGUCCGCGAGGCUCGCAAAUCCGGCGGGAAAGAUGUCGCACGCAAACGACGCAUCGGCACCGACGAGAAUCCGCUCGACAUGGCCUACUACGACGUCCUCGGUGUCCCCGCCACUGCCACGUUGGAAGAGAUCAAGAAAGCGUAUCGAAAGCUGGCGAUCAAACUUCAUCCAGAUAAGAACCCGAACGAUCCCGAGGUGGAGGAAAAGUUCAAGGCGUUAGCUACCGCCUACCACGUGUUGUCGGAUGCAGAGUUGAGACACAAGUACAACGAGUUCGGUGCCAGCACACCCGGUUUGACGCCGGAAGAUGGAUUCGUUGAUCCGGAAGAAGUGUUUGGAUCGCUCUUUGGUGGUGAGCGAUUCGCCGACAUCAUCGGGACCAUCUCGAUCGGUAAAGAUAUGAAGGAAGCGUUGCAGCAGGAUUCGGAUGAUCUGGAACGACAGGCCAACGGCGACGAUCCCUCUGCCACUGGCAAAGAUGGAGAAACAUCCACUGCUGCCACAAAGCCGACUCUGACUCCCGAGCAAAAAGCAGCCAAAGAGGAAAAGGAACGCAAACAAGCAGCCGAACGAGAAGAGCAACGCCAGGAACGCGUCUCGAAGCUCGUCGAGAAACUCAUCCGCAAACUCAGCAUCUACACCGAGAGCAUUCGCAAUGCCAACGAUCCCGUACUCGAGAAGGAGGUCGAAAAAUCGUUCCGCGAGAUCACACGCUUGGAAGCGGAAGAGCUCAAGCACGAAUCGUACGGUGUCGAGCUGCUCAACUCGGUCGGAUUCGUCUAUUCCGCCAAAAGCAAACACUACCUCGCCAGCACGGGUUUCCUCGGUUCCUUCGGAGGCGUAUUCCACUCGGCUGCUUCCAGCAUCCACGUCGUCAGAGAGACCGUGUCGACCGUUCGAGCGGCGUUGGAGUUGAAAAACGUGUUUGAGGAGUUGGCCAAGGCCGAGGAAGCCGGUAUCACAGUGGAAAGAAAGAGGGAGUUGGAAGAGCAGGCGGCCGAGAAGGGCAUGCGCGCCUUGUUCAAGGGGGCAAAGCUCGAAGUGGAGAGCGUCAUCAGAGAGGUCAGCGAGGCCGUGCUGUACGACACCAAUAUCGGUAAGGAGACGCAGAGGUUGAGAGCGCAGGCGUUGGGCAUCGUCGGUGAGAUCUACAUGGGUGUCAAGAAGGACAAGGAGGAUGGCGCGGGUGCGGAUGGAAAGGAUGCGCCUGCGGAUGAUUUUGUCAAGGUCGACACAAAGGCUUCCAAGGAACGCGAGCAGAAGUCGCAGUCACAGAACAAGGAGCCUCCUCAACCUUGGUGA